AUGACUGUCAAAGUCGGAAUCAACGGGUAUGUACUUGUUACAGUCAUCCUCGUCUCCUCUACAGACGGCGCUGACGACGCGGUGACAUGCGAUCCCCCACAGAUUCGGAAUGCAAUCCUCGACCCCAAGAUUGAAAUCUUGGCCGUCAACGAUCCCUUUAUUGAUCUCAACUACAUGGCCUACAUGUUCAAGUACGACUCGACCCACGGACGCUUCAAGGGAUCCGUCGAAGUAAAGGACGGCAAGCUUGUCAUUGAUGGUCAUGCCGUCACCGUUUAUGCCGAGCGCGACCCUGCCAACAUUCCCUGGGGCAGCCAAGGUGUCGACUAUGUUAUCGAGUCCACCGGUGUCUUCACCACCAUCGAAAAGGCUUCGGCCCAUUUGAAGGGAGGUGCUAAGAAGGUUAUCAUCUCCGCCCCCUCUGCAGACGCGCCCAUGUACGUCUGUGGUGUCAACCUCGACAAGUACGACCCACAAUGCACCGUCGUCUCCAACGCUUCGUGCACCACAAACUGCCUCGCCCCACUCGCAAAGGUCAUCCACGACAAGUUUGGCAUCGUCGAGGGUCUCAUGACCACCGUCCACGCCACGACUGCCACACAAAAGACAGUCGACGGUCCUUCGUCCAAGGACUGGCGUGGUGGCCGUGGCGCCGCAGCCAAUAUCAUCCCCAGCUCGACUGGUGCCGCCAAGGCCGUCGGAAAGGUUAUCCCAAGCCUCAACGGCAAGCUCACCGGUAUGGCCUUCCGUGUUCCCACCUCGGACGUUUCCGUCGUCGACUUGGUCGUCCGCCUCGAGAAGGGUGCCUCGUAUGAUGAGAUUAAGCAAGCCAUCAAGGCUGCUUCGGAGGGCGAGCUCAAGGGCAUUCUCGGCUACACCGAGGACGAAGUUGUCUCGACCGACUUUGUUGGCGACCCGCACUCGUCCAUCUUUGAUGCCAAGGCUGGUAUCUCUCUCAACAACAACUUUGUCAAGCUCGUGUCCUGGUACGAUAACGAGUGGGGAUACUCGAAGCGUGUUGUCGACUUGAUCGCCUUUAUGGCGAGCAAGGACAACUUUCAAGCAUAG